CUUCCCACCCCCACAUGGGAGCAGGAGUGAAGUCUUGGCCUCAGAAGAGCUUGCUAACACUCCCUUCAGACUGUCCCAUCACCAGUCCUUUCCAUUUCUUGAUGGGAAAAAACACAUCCUUUGUUUGAGCCUGUGAUAGAUUAGCAUGGCUUGGAAGGAGUGCUGGCUUUCCGAACUCCUGUGGGUGUGUCUUCAGCUGAACAUUUCUCUCCUGACUUUGAUUUCUCUCUCAGCAAGUGGGGGUGUAAUUCGCCUUGACAUCGCUGGCCAUCAGCACCACACUGAAAUGGGCCUUCUUUGACUCAAAGUGACAGCCCUUGGCCCCUGUGACAUUGUUUCCAUAGAUUUGCAAUGAAACAGUUUUAUAUUUUGCAAAAUAGAGUGAUCUCCUACGACUGGCAUUGAUGUGGUUUUGCCAUGGUCUUCUGGAGGGUAGGGCUGUUUCCACUGACCCACCCUAAACUGGUUCCCCUUAUUCUGGAAUGUGGGCACAUUGCUCUUAGGCUGCUUGGGGUGAUGAUUUUGUUUGGUUGGUUUUUAAAUCAUUGUUGAAUGCCAUAAUAUGUUCUGUCCUUGUGUAGACCCUACUUCUUGUUAUUUUAUUGGCUCCUAAUAUUCCAAGACCUUUGUUGCCCAUCAGCAACCUUAACACUUCUGCCCUUCUACCUUAUAGUAGAAGGUCAGUAUCCUAGAGAAGAGUGAGCUUGGUACCUUCCCCUGGAAGGUGAGUUCUUCUGGUGCCUCUCACACUUAGAGACAAUAUGAUCUAUAGUCAGAGGGAGUAUCAACCUCUUAAACCUUUGUCCAAGAUGUGGAAAUCUUUGGGGGCGAUUACUAGAGGAAGGAAUUGGGCUGUCCACUGGUAGUUGGUCCUUUUCAGAGAAGCUUAAGUCACAAACUGGUUGUUCUCAGCAUUUUAUAAAAAUACUUGGAGGCAGACAAAUAAGGAUGUUUCAUCAUCCCAUCUAAAAAAAGGGGCUGUUGUGAUACGCCCCCCCCCCUUUUUUUUCCUAGAAGGCUCUAACCUUUGGGCUUUGAAAUUUAUCAUCUUAGCUAGCCAAUAUCAAAUUAUUAGGGAAGGCUUUACCAAUAUACUGUUAGAGUUAUUAGAAUAUUAAAAUACUUCUAGAAAUGUUAUACUUUCUAAGUUGCACCCUUCUGACUCCCACUCAAAUGUUAAAAUGUGCGGGGGACUUAAAGAUUUUUUUUUUUUUUUGCCACCAGGUAUGUCUUGUGGGGCUGGAACCAAGUUGUCUUUGUAUCCAGUAUAGGGGAGGCCUGUAUCUUUUACAGCAUACAACUGCUGAGAGGAUCCCUAAAGAGUGGGUUUUUUUUUUUUUUUCCUAAGAAUUUUUCCUCCUAAUGUGAGAGGAUCAGGCAGCCAUUCCCUCCGCCCCCCACCCCCAAGAUGUCAUGUUUGGGCUUUGCCUUGUCAUGGACUCUGCUGGUGAGAAUUUUCAGAACAACUCCAUGUGCAUAUUUCUGACCUUGGCUUCUCCCUGUGGGUUGGGGGAGGAGUCCCAGGGGAGUGGAUUCCUGGCAGAAGAUGUGGUGAGCGCUUGAGCAUGUGUUUGAGGGGAGAUGGGAUGUCAGGCUCUGGGAGUUCUCUGGAGCAGUCUCCCAAGGCAUUGUGACUAUUUACAUAUUUUGAAAAAAAAUAAAACCAAACUUCUCAAAGGGAUGGCUUUUCUUUUUACAGCCUUGGUUUGCACAUUCUUUUAGAUUCUGGCAUAGCUCUUUUUCUCUGAUGGUUGUAAACUGUAUGGUCCAACUUUCUAAAUGGGGGAGGAGAAUUUGUAAUUGAGAGCCGGGGCUGCAUGUAGAAGCCUCGGAAUAGGAGUUGGGAGGUUGGCUUGUGAAUUUUGGUUGAGGUAGGUGACCCUGCUACAUAGGUGUUAAAAGUUGUUACAGUAGAGGAGGUUGAGCUUAAACAACCGCUUUGAUGGCGUUUGCCAGUCUGAAUGUAUUUUUUCCCACUCCUACCCACUCCCUGUGUGAGUUUGUAUUCUUUAGCCCCAGCUGUUUGCGAUAUUUCACUGUCAAAUACAUAAUUAACAACUUUGUAAGCCAAGUUUAGUGUGUUUUUACAUUCAUGCACUGAAUGUCUUUUCUGUCUUAAGCCAGUUACAUCUUUUUUAUUUAAAGCUGCCUCCCCUCCCCUCCUGCCCCCACAAAACCUGUUUCUAGAAAAUUUGUCAUUCUAACAUCUUUCCAAAGAGUGAACUGUAUCAAAGUGGACUUGGGAAACUGUAUCAAAGUGGAUUUGGGAAUACAGAUGUAGAUUGUGGUGUGGAAUUGCUUUGGAAUUUGAAACUGGUUGUGUAGACUGAGCUGAUGAUGGAUCCAGUUGUGAAUAAUUUUUUGAAACCGAUGAUGUCAGUGGCAGUUUUAUGACUAGGAUUUUGACAGAUUAGCAUAAAUUGCUGGAAUAUGGGUGAGAAAGCAAGUCACAGCUAAGGGUUGAGCCAAUAAAGCAAAAUCAAGGAGUUAAAAAAAUUACAGCUCUGUUUACAUUUUUUCUUUGAAAGCACAUAUUAUAGUGGAUUCUCCCACAGUAUAUUUUAAGCAUUUUUUUUUCUUUUCCAAUCUUAGGAAAUUUAUUGAUAUAAAUAAUCACACUAGGGUCAAAGGAGAAAACCAGAUCAUCUUAAUAGAAUUCAAAAUUCGUUUCUGAUGAACUGUUUUUAGUUUAUGUUGAUAAACUAGCAUUAUAUAGAGAUUUAACAGGAUGGAAACUCUUUACUUCAAGUCAAAAGCAAACGUCCUGGGCUGUGGUGGCUGCAGGGCUGAUGAGAAACUACUAAAGUUCCCGUGGAAGUAAAGUAGGAUUUCAUAAGAACAUGAUGGAGAAGAGAAAACGUAUGGUGGCUGUGAUGGCCCUGAUGCCAUGUAUGUCAAAUUGAUAUCUUCGGGUGGUCAUGAAUUUAUUGUAAAAAGAGAACAUGCACUAACAUCUGGAACAAUAAAAGCCAUGUUGAGUGGCCCAGGUCGGUUUGCUGAGAACGGAACCAAUGAAGUCAAUUUUAGAGAGAUUCCUUCACAUGUGCUAUUAAAAGUGUGCAUGUAUUUUACCUACAAGGUUCGCUACACUGACAGCUCCACAGAGAUUCCUGAAUUCCCAGUUGCACCUGAAAUUGCACUGGAACUGCUGAUGGCUGCGAACUUCCUAGAUUGUUAAAUAAAAUAAAUUAUAAUAAGCUGUUAACUUUUUUCAGUAUUUAAUACCGGUAGUUCAGUUAGUAAUUUUUUCAUAUGUAGCAUGUUGCCUGUGUGCAGCUGAACUUUAAAGUUCAUUGCAAAGCAGAUUAUCUUCUGUUCUUUUGCACAGCAAUCAGAGUUGAAAUUUGUUCGCUACAUCAACAAAUUAAGGACAUUUUCACAAAUUGAGAAAUAAACAAAUAUGCCAAUUCGUAAAAAAAACAAAAAACAAAAAACAAAACCUCCUUCAGUGGUGCAACAUUAGAGAAAGUCAGGACUGAGAUAAGAGGGUCCAUUUCUAGUAUGAUUUAAAUUAAUCAUUUUCUUCAAUCCCGGAAGAUCUCACCUGGAGGUUUUGGUCACCCUGGGGCUGAAUCUGAACAUCAGGCACUCUGUUCUGGCCUGCCCUAUGUUUAACAGUUUUUUAAAUUAGUUGUGAACCUUUAAAGAAACUGGAGGUUUCACCAGAAAAUCCUUAUCUCUGGCUUCUCUUGAGAAAUCUGGCAAGAUGAGGUCUGUGCUCCUGAAUGUAACACAGGCCCAGAGCAGAGUGGCCACUCCUGUCUUUAGACACAGAAGCUCACUGUCUACCCUUUUUUGAGAAACGAGAGCAGUUGUGGGCUUGCUUUGCUCUGGGUGUCUGAGGAAUUGGGGCUACUCUGGGGUGUUUCCCAAGAAAUGGGGAACUGGGGAUACAGGCUCUGAUGACCCUUUGUGUUUUGGGUUACCAGACUCAGUACUUGGUAAAUGACAGGCUGGAUCUCCAUUCUCUUUCAGGAGCUCUUUUCCAGCAGUUAGGAUUAUUUAACUUUCUUAGGAGCUGGCAGCCUCAGGCCAGGGUAGACUGGAGUCCUGGGGUACUGUGCCCGAGUGUCUGAGGACCGGAUCUGGCCUCUCACGUUGGAUUAUGGCCUUGUUUCCCCACUUCCUCUCUAUUUAAUGCCUUUUGAGUCCGUCAAUUGCUGGAUACUUUGUUUUCAAAGUUUUUCAGUUCAGUUUUCAGGGGGAUUUGAGUCUAUCUGCUCUCCCUGCAGGUACAGAUUUUUUUUCAGAUAAAAAAAAAAAAGUGCCCAGUGGGCCUUUUUGUCCAUAAUGAAGGCCACAACCAGCACCCACAAGGAGAGAUGGAAGAAGUCCCAAGUGGAAUAUUUCUGGUUCUGCAGUUAGAGGAAUGGAUGAAACAAGAGGCAUUUGAUUUGAAGGAUUAAAAGAAUUGGCCCUUCUUGACAUUUAAUAGGUUGCCCCAAGCUGUUUUUUCUGAUUAAAAUAUUUGUGCAGACACUACUGCCCCUGUGUAUUGUCAAGUUCAUGUCCCCCCCCCCCCCCCCCCCAGUAUUUCUCUUUAAUGUUUGGUCUGCCUUGCUCUGUUACUUUCUGGGAAACCCAUGGGUUGUGGUUGUGGGUUUGUGUUGCACUGUGUUUACUCAUUUUUUGAGAGGCCAUGUGGAAAGUCCUUGUGCGUGAGACUUGCCCAUACUGAAACUAUCUUAUUAGAGAAAUUCAAGGCUCAUAGGAUUGAAGAUUUUGUACCUGAACCAAAUACAUUUUAGGUAUAAGUAUUUAUAUUGAUUAAUCCUUUGUAAAACUUAAUUCAGUGAGAGUUUCUUGGGUCUGCCCCUCUACCUAGCUACCUACCUGUCUACCUUUUUCUAGGCUUAGGAUUCCUGGAGGGAAUCUUAGGUGGAGUUGAGCAUAGAAGCUUAGGAUUCAGACUUGGGUUCAAAUCCUGAUGCUGUUGCUAAGGAACAGUGUGAUCAUGUUACCUUGAGCUAAUGCCCUAGCUACUCUUAAGACUUAUGAUCUGUAUCAAAGAAUUGUAAGAAUUAAAUAGGUAUAUAAUAAAAAACUUAACACCAUGCUGGCAUACCAUAAGCUCUUAAUAAAAUACUAGCUGUAUUAGCAUAGUGUGGGCAGCAGGAUUACAGGUGAUUUUAAUGUGUUCAUUUUUUCAUGGGUUGUAUUAAGCUUUGCUCUGAUAAAAAUUAUACGUAUAAUUUUCAAAAAGAUAAGUGUAAUUUUUAAAAUUGAUAGUUUUUUUUUUUUUUUAAAGCUGUUGAAGUGAUAAAUAAUCCAGUAAAAGCCCUCAGCCCUCAUGGGUCUCUGGGUGAUAACCCAGCAGCACGACCUUUAUCAUCUGUGGUUUAGCAGCUCCAAGAUUUAACCCCUCUCCCCCCCCGCCCCCCCACAACCCACCCAGGGUCUGGAGAGAUCCCCGUCUUCGAAGACCAGAAUCUGCAAGGCUUUUAUGUUGUUCUGCUUGUUGAUUGGGGACCCAUAAAACAUUCAGGCAAUCCAAAUGACAAACAGGAAAACAGCCAACAAACUAAGGACAGAAAGGGGAAGAAAUAACUAUCUCACAUCUAUGGAGUGCUGAUGCUGCAUUUUUGUUUUACUUG